CUGUCUGGGGGAGGGGACCGCGGAGAGCGCUGGCCGCUGGGCGGGCCUGAGAGCUCAGCGCGCCCGCCGCCACCUACCGCUCCGGAGCCCCCGCGCCCUGCGGCCCGCUCCCCGGGGACCAGGCCGGCGCCAUGGACAGAGGCCGGGUGCUGGAGCAGCUGCUCCCAGAGCUGACCGGGUUGCUCAGCCUUCUGGACCACGAGUACCUCAGCGAUACCACCCUGGAGAAGAAGAUGGCCGUGGCCUCCAUCCUGCAGAGCCUGCAGCCCCUUCCAGCAAAGGAGGUCUCCUACCUGUAUGUGAACACAGCAGACCUCCACUCGGGGCCCAGCUUCGUGGAGUCCCUCUUUGAAGAAUUUGACUGUGACCUGAGUGACCUUCGGGACAUGCCAGAGGAUGAUGGGGAGCCCAGCAAAGGAGCCAGCCCUGAGCCAGCCAAGAGCCCAUGCCUGAGAAACGCAGCCAACCUGCCUCCACCACUCCCCAACAAACCUCCCCCUGAGGACUACUAUGAAGAGGCCCUUCCUCUGGGACCCGGCAAGUCACCCGAGUACAUCAGCUCCCACAAUGGCUGCAGCCCCUCGCACUCGAUUGUGGAUGGCUACUAUGAGGACGCAGACAGCAGCUACCCUGCAACCAGAGUGAACGGCGAGCUUAAGAGCUCCUAUAAUGACUCUGACGCAAUGAGCAGCUCCUAUGAGUCCUACGAUGAGGAGGAGGAGGAAGGGAAGAGCCCGCAGCCCCGACACCAGUGGCCCUCAGAGGAGGCCUCCAUGCACCUGGUGAGGGAAUGCAGGAUAUGUGCCUUCCUGCUGCGGAAAAAGCGUUUCGGGCAGUGGGCCAAGCAGCUGACGGUCAUCAGGGAGGACCAGCUCCUGUGUUAUAAAAGCUCCAAGGACCGGCAGCCGCAUCUGAGGUUGGCACUGGAUACUUGCAGCGUCAUCUACGUGCCCAAGGACAGCCGGCACAAGAGGCAUGAGCUGCGUUUCACCCAGGGGGCUACAGAGGUCUUGGUGCUGUCAUUGCAGAGCCGAGAGCAGGCCGAGGAGUGGCUGAAGGUCAUCCGAGAAGUGAGCAAGCCAGCUGGGGGAGCCGAGGGAGUGGAGGUGCCCAGAUCCCCAGUCCUCCUGUGCAAGUUGGACCCGGACAAGAGGCUGUCUCAAGAGAAGCAGACCUCAGAUUCUGACAGCAUUGGCAUGGGCGACAACUGUUCUACCCUUGGCCGCCGGGAGACCUGUGAUCACGGCAAAGGGAAGAAGAGCAGCCUGGCAGAACUGAAGGGCUCAAUGAGCAGGGCCGCGGGCCGCAAGAUCACCCGUAUCAUCAGCUUUUCCAAGAAGAAGCCACUGGCCGAUGACCUGCAGACGUCCGCCACCGAGGAGGAGGUUCCCUGCUGUGGCUACCUGAACGUGCUGGUGAACCAGGGCUGGAAGGAACGCUGGUGCCGCCUGAAGUGCAACACUCUGUAUUUCCACAAGGACCACACGGACCUGCGAACCCACGUAAACGCCAUCGUCUUGCAAGGCUGUGAGGUGGCCCCGGGCUUUGGGCCCCGACACCCGUUUGCCUUCAGGAUCCUGCGCAACCGGCAGGAGGUGGCCAUCUUGGAGGCAAGCUGUUCAGAGGACAUGGGUCGCUGGCUCGGGCUGCUGCUGGUGGAGAUGGGCUCCAGAGUCACUCCAGAGGCACUGCACUAUGACUACGUGGAUGUGGAGACCUUAACUAGCAUCGUCAGUGCUGGGCGCAACUCCUUCCUAUAUGCAAGAUCCUGCCAGAAUCAGUGGCCUGAGCCCCGAGUCUAUGAUGAUGUUCCUUACGAAAAGAUGCAGGACGAGGAGCCCGAGCGCCCCACAGGGGCCCAGGUGAAGCGUCACGCCUCCUCCUGCAGUGAGAAGUCCCAUCGCGUGGACCCGCAGGUCAAAGUCAAACGCCAUGCCUCCAGUGCCAAUCAAUACAAGUAUGGCAAGAACCGAGCCGAGGAGGAUGCCCGGAGGUACUUGGUAGAAAAAGAGAAGCUGGAGAAAGAGAAAGAGACGAUUCGGACAGAGCUGACAGCACUGAGACAGGAGAAGAGGGAACUGAAGGAAGCCAUUCGGAGCAGCCCAGGAGCAAAAUUAAAGGCUCUGGAAGAAGCCGUGGCCACCCUGGAAGCUCAGUGUCGGGCAAAGGAGGAGCGCCGGAUUGACCUGGAACUGAAGCUGGUGGCUGUGAAGGAGCGCUUGCAGCAGUCCCUGGCGGGAGGGCCGGCCCUGGGGUUCUCCAUGAGCAACAAGCCGAAGAGUGGGGAAACUGCAAAUAAACCCCAGAACAGCGUUCCAGAGCAAUCUCUCCCUGUCAACUGUGUUUCUGAGCUGAGGAAGAGGAGCCCAUCCAUCGUAGCCUCCAACCAAGGAAGGGUGCUACAGAAAGCCAAGGAAUGGGAAAUGAAGAAGACCUAGGAAGAGAAUGAGGAUUUCAUUCCAAAGGAAAUUAUCAGCUUGUCCACCUGAGGAAGAAAUGCUUUUUUCACAAGGAGACACCAAGAGAAGACUAGGAAGUAGCCCUCAUUCUCCAGGGCACCCAAAAGACCAGCCUUUAUUGUCUGCAUGAUUUUAGGGGAUAUGGGGAGGAAAGAAGUAGAAGGGAAGAGGGAAAUGGAGAGCAUCCUUAUGACUUUACAAAGGGUGGAAAUGAGGAUGGAGGGAUACAAAAGUCUGCACAGCUGUAAAGGUUUUAUAGAUGUCUUUGCCUUCCCUUCUGAAGAAGAAAUGAAAGCGCACGUGAAUAACCCCUUCCAUCCCAUUCACAGCAUCGCACUCCCAGUCCUUAAGGCAAAGGGAGGCAGUGCUGAAGCAUUGGUGGUGCAGUAUAAAGAGACAAGACCUGAUCAUCUGAUCACACUUGUUCCAACUUGAUUCAUAUUGGGCACUACUGACAACCACUGGGCAAGGCAAACAGGUUGAACAAUCAAUAACAUUAUCCCUGCCUGCAUACAUGUGAACAAAAGCUGUAGAGGACAUGCAAAUUCUACAGUCAUUCCUCAUUUGCUUUAGACAGAGUGCAGCUACUGGAAUCUUCCAGAUUUGAGUGUUUUAAAAUCAGAGUUCUGAAUACACAAAAGGAAAGAGAAAUGGAGCAGCUGACAUAUUUUAAGCUCACAGUGAUACUCAGUGACAGGAGCACAGAGCUCUAAUGUCCACAGGAUGUUGUAGGGUAGGGUCUUUCAGUAAAUCAAGUCCCUUACCUGUGUUCUAUGACACUGAGGUUCUUGGAGCUAUGGGUUAGAAAUCCAGGAGGCAAUAUGUCAUUAUUCUAAUGAAGUCCUCAUCUUGCACUCAGAGGCCCACUAGUCUGCCCUUCUAUAUAUUAAGUAAAACCAAGAGAAAAUAAGAGGAUGAUGGCUUCUUUCUCUCACCUCGGUGCUAAACCUUUUACACACACUUGAUACUUUCAUAGAGGGACCAAGGACCUCAAGUCCUGGGCAGUCUCCUUACUGUGCUACUCACUACUGUCUCAACACUGUAGGUACUUUAUGGGUCUGUAUUUAACACAUUUCCUUCCAAUAAAGAUAAAACCACUUAACUCUUAA